UGUGGUCAUCCAGAACGCUCUGUAUACAGGAGACCUGGAGGCUAUGCAGCACCUCUUUCCUAGAGGAUCUACAACAAACCUCAUCAUCGAGCCACAGGGAGGUGACAUGCGCUGGGUCGCCACAGGGGAAGGUAUGAAACAACAUCUGUCUUCAUUAGAAAUUAAUUUAGGAAUUCAUAUGAUUUGGCACGGCUAAGUAGGAUUAUUGUAUUUCCUGGAGAUUAGCAUGCACAAUUAAUUGAAGUGAGAAACAUCACCUGUGUUGUUGUGGAAAGGAGAGAAAGGAAAGAGCUGUGAUUGGUGCAUCUCAGCCUGACCCAGUAUUUAAAGACACAGUGAAGCAAUAUUUAUAGAAACAGAACACAAGACAAUAUUUAUAGAACCCAUCAUUUGUCCACCACGUAAGAAGAUUUAAGAGAUGGAUUUAUGGCCUAUCACUAAAGACAGGAGACACAAUAAGCAGUUUGCUUUUUCUUAUUUUGUGAAACAUUCAAAUGUAAUGUCAGUUUUGGCUUGUUGAAAUUAAUUUCAAGACUCCAAGUUUAAAUGUACUAAUAAUGGGCCUUUGCAAUACUUGAUGUUACUAAAAUUAUUUGUCAAAACAGUGUUUUUCUCCUUAACCUUUUGGGUGCAAGAGGUCAUUCUGUUGACUUCAGUGGACUAGCAGAAUCAGUGGACAGGUGACUGUAACACACCAGUCAUUGGCUCCCAUGCUUUACUGGGUCAAUCUAACUAUCAAAUAACACCACCCUGAAAUAGCCCUGUCUACAUAAAUAACCUGCAUACGCGUUUAUUUCCUUCGGGAGAAACCACCCUAUAAAAACAAUCUAGUUUACUCCAGUAUGGCUUAUGUAGCACCUAAAAUCAAGUGGCACAAACCAAAGAUGUACCGCAACGAUGUGAUCGCCACAGCCAAGGCAUCGGGUUGUGUCCUGCAGUUCUGGAACUCUCUGCUUGUUGGCGAUGAGCUGACAAUUCUCAGCAUUGUGGACGACGACGAGUAUGAGCACCUUAUUGAUGCCAUUUAUGACACCAGCAACAUAGAAGAAUGGAAGAACUUCAGACAUAACUACAGAGGCCUGAGACUGUGGUCACUGAGUUAUGAGCAGGAGCUGACCACACCACUUCACAUCACAGCUGGCAGAGGCUUUACGGAGUGCCUGAGACUCCUGCUGCAACGUGGGGCCAAUGUAGACCUGGCACCUGGAGACACCACUGCCCUGCAUGAGUCCUGUGAAAACUGCCAGCCAGAGUGUACCAAACUAUUGCUGAUCCACGGCGCCAACGCCAAUGCUGUCACCGAAGACGGCCUUAUGCCUUUGCACUUUUGUUCAAGCCCCAAAUCCCUUGAAUGUGCCAAGUAUCUCCUUCAGUACGGUGCAGCCAUCAGCGGCCGCACACUAGAUGAAGAUGACACUCCCUUACAUGUGGCAGCCUGUAACGGCCUCACAGACCACACUGAGCUCUACCUGCGCUAUGGAGCUGCUGUGGAUAAACAGAAUAAUGAGGGUCUCACUCCCCUGAACGCUGCUUGUUCACAACCCCAGGAGCUACAGGAGCUUGACAGUUACUACAAGGUGUGCCAGAUGCUGGUGGGGGCAGGGGCCAACAUCCACAUUACGGACCAGGACAGACACAGUCCUUUGCACAUGGCCUGUAAGAAUGUAAAUCCAGACAUAGUGGAUCUGCUGCUGGAUAACGACGCCAGCGUUAACGACAUGAACUACGGUGGUGAAACUCCUAUGCACAACAUCCUGAAGGUGGUCUGCUACAAGGUUUCCCAUCAGCCUGAGAGGAUCGUCCGAGCUCUGCUCAACCACGGUUCUAUCCGGGUGUGGCCUGGAGCUCUGCCUUUGGUUUUGAAGCACUGCUGUGGAUCUCCACGCACCAUCGAGGUUCUUCUGAACAACUACCGUAGCCUUAAAAUCACAGACACCUGGGUCGAGUCUGUGUCAUCAGAGGCGUUAAAGGAGCACAAAGGGUUUUAUGAGUCAGUCUUCUCUUUGGAGCGGACUCCUCGCUCCCUGCAGCACUUGGCACGCUUCAAACUCAGGAGCUUCCUGGAGUGCCGGGUGCACAAGGUGGUCCCUGAACUCGAGCUGCCCACCUUCAUCAAGAACUACCUGCUCCUGGAGUACAGAGACUAUGUCCACUGAAAAUACUUUGUAUGUAGCCUGUGUUAGUGUGAGUCCUGAUGAAGAUUGAGUGUUGCCACAUGUGAGGAAGCAGUAGCUGGUAAAAGGUUAAAAGUGGAGCACUAUACAGCAGUAUAAUUAAUAUUUUAAAUACAUUGUGUGCGACACAUUUCAGGAUAAAGAAGCAGCUGCUUUUUCCUGUCACUUUUAUUCCAGUUACACGUUUGAUUUUGCACCACAAGAGGGAGCUAUAGACUAGAGCUGAUAAAAUACAAAGCAGGUAUGCGAUUAUAUAUUUUAUAUUUUUAUUUUACUUUUUUUUACUUCUGCACAUAAUAUUUUAAAGACUCAGAUGCUUGUAUUUUUUAUACAUACUAAUUAUCAUGGUAAUGCGCAUAGUGUUGAUGUGUUGUAUUGAGGAUUGCCUUAAAAUAUUUGCAUACAUAAUUAUUCCCACCGGUGUUGAUGUCAUUAGGAAUAUUAUAUCAAAAAUAGACUUGAUGUAAAAUAAAAUAUUCCACCACGGAC